GUCGUUCGAGCCAGGAGCGCGCGCUCGCCCCUCUGCCCCACCAGCGUGGGUGCUCGCGGCGCGGGCGCUGAUCGUCGGCACCACAGCGAGGCGGUGGUGGCUCGCCAGUGCUGCCUUGCUCUCGUACAUCGGGGCCUGGGGAGUCCUCGACUCUAUCCUCUCGAAGCCGCUCGUGGAGCCCGAGGACGACGCGCCCCUGAGGUUCACGAGAGAGUCCGAGCGGCUCAGCUUCUACGACUAUCUGCGGGUGCACAUGUCCAGCGUGACACGAUGGAGCCGCUUCUAUCGGACGACUGGCCCCCAGCGGGGGCAGGCGGCCCCCCUGGUGAUGCGAAUGUACCCCAAGAUGAAGAACGACACAAGGUGGAUCUACGUGAAGCCGGACCGCGCGCUCGGCGUGGGCGACAUCAAGGAUCGGGCGAAGAUGUCGAGUCGUCGACAGACAGGCUGGGACUACGAGGCGUUCCCGACCCUCACACCCAACGAGAAGACGGACAUCCUGGAGAAGGCCAAGGAGAAGCAGCUCGAUGCCGAGCUGUAUCUGUCCAACAUCCGCGGCUACGUUGCCUCAUUGUCCUGGUUUCGCUCUGGUCUGGUUGGCGUAUGGAGCACAUGGAACUGGGGGUCGACGGUGGGCGCUGCCUUCUUUUUCUGGAGGGUGGCGGUCUACUGCAACCUAUGGCAGCGGAUGCGCUGGUCAGUGGAGAAGCUCGAGCAUGGCCACAACAUGAUACUCGAGAUCGACGACAUCCGAGGAUAUCUGCACGACCUGUACCAAGACGGCAAGCUCGAGAUUCCCAUCAUGAUCUUCACCGCUGUGGUGGCUCUCGGGCCAAGUCUCCUGCGUUGCUGCAGGCAGCGCCCCUCUCCUUUGCUCGCGGGGGCCUCGCCUCCAGUGAGCGACGUGGACAGCGACAGGGAAGCGGGCCACUCGGUGGCGGGGUCGUCGGACGAGUCCGAGCCAGCCAAGGACAUGCAGGAGAUGAAGGUCAUGAUGAGCAACUUGCUCGACGAGAUCACCAAAUCGAGGUCGGAGUCACCACGUGCCCCCACGAGUCGGAGUGCCUCGUCGGCCGCGCCCCCUGGAGGGAGCAGUCACGCCAGCUGGGAGAGAGUCCCCAGUGUCAACACGGACCCCAGCAUGGACAUGCAUGUGGACAGGAUGAUCGACCGGCUGAAGCGCUUCGAGGACACGAUCAAUGCGGACAAGGCCUCUCAUGGAUGCAAGCCCUUGCAGGACGCUUCGUCCACGUCGGCCACGGCGGGAUCAACGACGUGCCCUACCAUCGACCUGGGGACGAAGGAGACGCUGGAGGGCGCGGGGGUGAGCCUCGAGCCCUUGAGGGAGGCACUCCGGGACCCCAGGGAGCGGUUGCUGGCCAACCUCUCGAAGAUCGAUGCGCCGCCCACCUUCACCCUCCCAGCGGGCCUCACCUCCCGCGUGGCGCCCGAGCUGCUGGUCCAGACCUACGGGAAGUACGGCAGCAUGGUGAAGUUCGCGACGGACUGGGUUCGCCUCAAGGAGUUGAAUCGCAACCACAUCGGCCACGAGAUGAUGCUGCACUGCAUGACGCUGGACCGGAUGCUGGAGGCCUCGCCCGAGUUCAUCCAGACGGCGGGCUGCGAGAUCUUAUGCGCACGAGCUUAUGCUUUGAAGCGGGCGUUCAAGGACGUGGCAUGCAUCAACGACUGGAAGCAGCCCCGGGGCAGCGGGGCCAACAAGUGGAAGUCCAAGGUGCGCUGGGACCUCGCGAACGAGCUGGACUGGAGGCGACGCCAUGCCCGCUUUUCUCCAUCCACACACUUCUCCAUCGUCUACCUCGACGGCGGCCACAGGUUACUGGAGGCGUGGCUAGCUUGGGGCAGCCAGGUGGCCGCGAUCAAGGAAGACGAGGACGCCGCCCUUCGGCACGUCAUGGCCGGUCGGGCCUCGCCAUACUCAGGCGACGGGGCUACGGUUGCCCUGGGAAAGGAUUCACAGGGAAGGGAGAUGCUACCAAAGGGCGCGAUGUGCUCCGUCGACGCGGAGGAACUGGCUCUUCCGCCGCCAGGGACCACCCCUGCCAAGCUCGUGGACAUCUGCCCGCUGGCCGCCGAGUACUUCUCCGACGUUGCGGGGAGGAUGCUACGCGAGCCCAGCAAGGCCAUGGACGAGGAGCUGAAGGCCCAGAAGGUCUACCGAGAUCCGUCUCUUCGAUCGAGGGCGCCGCGUCUCCGCCUAGCCGAGAGGCUUUGGGAUGCGGGGAUGCUCGGGACCACCGACGAGCUGGUCGAGGGGGUCUCGCUUUUCGGAGUCAUCAAGAAGUACCGGCAGGAGGAGGGGGACCCCCUCAGCCCCGCCAGGCGCCAGGUGCGCGCCAUCUGGGACCAGAGGCGGGCCAACCUUCGCUGGCAGAGGCCCCCGUACGUGCCCCUCGGCAGCCCCGCGACCUUUGCCCACGUGGACCUCUCCAACCUGGGCGAGAGGGACGUGGUCUACACUGGCGUGGGCGACAUCCCGGACAUGUUCUAUCGUUUGGAGACGCCGCCCGAUGUCUGGCCCUACUUUGUCUUGGAGGAGGUGCCAGUCCACGAGUUCGUCGAACACACGAGGACCAAGGGGCGGGACUGCGUCAUCCCCGAUGGCGGGCCCUUCCUGGCGCUGAAGGCCCUAGUCCUGGGCUGGUCGUGGGCCCCGUUCUUGGCCCACUCUACGCUGCAGGCCUGCAUGGCGCGCGGGCUCGGGGAGGACUCCGUCGGCGCGCGUCUGGUCUAUGGGGCUCCGACGCCUCAACUGACCGGGCCCGGGGGGUUCGAGUCGGCGAACUGGGCGUUCAUGGACGACUACGGGGUCAUGGCCACGUCCGCCAGCGCGCAGCAGCCGGUGAGCGAGGUCGUGAGCGGACUGACGGCCCGAGUCAAGCACUACUUGAGGCAGGUCGGGCUCCCCGUCCACAAGACCGACCGCACCUGCGGCCUGGCUCUGGUGACGCUGCGGCUGGUAGAGCGGACGUACUGGACCGCGGAGCUCCUCGAGCGCGUCGUGGGGUUGUGGGCGUGGGCGGCCAUCUUCCAGCGCACGGGCCUCGCCAUCUUCGACCAGGUGCACCACGAGAUGAGACGUCCCGAGACCGCCAAGACGCCGCUCCGACUGACGCACGCGGCGAGGUGGGAGCUGACUACGAUGGCAUACUGCGCACCCCUCUUACGUACAGAUCUCGAAGCUCCGUGGCUCUCGCAGGUGUUCAUGACGGACUCCAGCGACACGGGCUAUGGAGUGGCGGUCGCCGACGCCUCGCUGGAGGAGAUCAGGAAGGACGCUCGUUACAGCGAGAUGAGGGGAUGGACGAUCGCCACCGAGGAUAUUUACACAGCCCAGGAGGAGGACGCCUGGGUACCCCACGCUGGGGGGUGUGCCUACGACGUCGACGAGCUUAUCGAGGCAUCGACUGCACCGCCGCCGCGGGUAAGUCGGAGGGUCUACCGGGUGCUGCACCUCUUCGCGGGCAGGCGCCAGGAGGGGGAUCUAGAGGAGGCCAUCCACUCGCGGGCGGAGCGCGACGGCUACGAGGUCGAGGUCUGGUCCAUCGACGCGGUGAUCAACCCGAAGCACGACCUCACCAACGACGAGUUCGUCAGCCUGAUCCUUAGCCUGGCGCGCGACGGGUACUUCCACGCAGUGAUCGCCUCGCCCCCAUGUUCAACUUGGAGUCGGGCUCGCUUCCUGGGGAAGGGGCCCAGGCCCUCACGGACACGCAUCGAGCCUUGGGGGCGGAGCGACAUGUCAUUCACAGCCUUCGAGCGCCUCCGCCUGGACCUAGGGUCGCGCCUUUUGCUGUCGGCCAUGCAGGCGGUCCGCGAGGUAUGUCGAGCUGGAGGCCUAGGCUUGAUGGAGCACUCUGCGGACCCAGAGGAGGACCCAUACCCGUCAAUCUGGAACCUACCCGAGAUGGCAUGCCUCCUCGAGGAGACGAGCGGGAGGAUCAAUCGGAUCGACCAGUGCCGCUACGGAGCCCCGUCGAUGAAGCCGACCAUGAUUGGCAUCUUCGGGUUCUACGACGACGCACUGGACCUCGCCGCGGACCGUCUCCGCUUGAGGUGCAACCACCGAGGGAGGCAUCAGGCAGUACUCAAGGGACGGGUGGAGCGAGGCCGUCCCGAUUUCUGCACCGCUUCCGCCCAGGCGCACCAGCCGCCGCUAUGCGCCGCGCUAGCGGAGGUGAUCAUCGAGGCGUUCGCCCGCAUGACGAAGGUCACGAUCUACGCGACCUGGGCCGCGCAUGUACGGGAUACGCUGGUGGGGCCACGGGCGUGGGAGAACUACGAGAAGGAGCCGCACCUGGGCAUCAGCGAGGGCGGCUUCACAAGGCUGCUUACCCACUCCGUGGCGGACGCCACUGCGGCGCAGUGGGCCCCGAAGGUUCGAGACUUUCUUAGCCACUGUGUCGACAAGGGUUGGGAGCUGCGGCCCGCGAACGCCGUGGGCCACGCCCUGGCCGACUACAUGGACAUGAAGUGCUACAAGGCCCGGCUCCGUCCUACGUGGGGGUCGAUCGUCUUGUUCGGGCUGCUGGUGAUUUGGCCUGAGCUGAGGAACCAGCUUCCCCUGGCCUUGCGAAGCCUGAAGAGCUGGCAGAGGCUGGUUAUCUCUGUGGAAGGGGGUCCUCUGCCUGAGGAAGCUGUCUUCGCCAUCGCCAUCUACUUAUUCGAGGCGGGGCUCCUGGAUGAAGCCAUCUGGACCCUCGUGCAGCACGACGUCUACGGGCGGGAGCAGGACAUGGAGAUGCCACGCGAGGCCGACAUCAUUUGGGAUGGAGGGCAAGACGGGCAGGGCAGCAAUCAAGGGGCCGUCAUCCGCCGCGGCACGGUCGCGAGCCUCAUCCUGGCCCUGAAGGACGUCAAGAAGAAUGCCACGGGGCCCAUCUUCGGCCCCAAGCAGGCAGGCUUCGGCAAAGAGUGGCACCGCGCCUGUCGCUCGCUUGGGAUGCCCUGGGCGCCGCCUCCGCACGGGCUCCGCCACUCGGGGCCCAGCGAGGACGUGGCCCGAGGACGGGCCAGCCUAGUGCAGGUGCGGAGGCGGGGCAGGUGGAAGGCGUUGUCCAGCGUCCAACGGUACUCCAAGACGUUCGCCCUCACGCAGUUCCGUGCAAAAAUGCAGAAGAAGGUGCUGGACGUGGGCUCCCGUGCGACCUCAGACCUAGCUGCCGAGAUACUCCGUGCGAUAGAGUCCCGCACCAACUACAGCAAGCAGCAGCAGCAGCAGCUGGUCGACGGCAUCAGGACGAAUCUGAAGACGAAGAAGGUGAAAGAUGUCGCCGCAGAGCUCUUGAUGCUGGGACCCACCACAAAGCAGAAGCAGAAGACCACCACCAACAAGAAGUCCACCAAGGGUGACACAAGCUGCCCAGAGUCCGACGACCUCUACUCCGACGAGACGUGGGGAGAGGGAACUGGAUGGUGGACAGAGUGA